AUGCGAUCACCGAACCUACAAUCACCCAAUCCACAAUCGCCGAGAAGAUUACAGCGCCGCCCUUCACAUGCACCAUCAUACCUCCUUACACCACCGCCGUCGCCCGCAAAGAAGAGCACUGUCGUAGCUAUCGAUGCCUCGAAACCACAACAGCCUAAGAUGGUUGCACAUAUCCAACGCAUCGAGCUACCGUCGAAUCAUUAUGUCUGUAGCCAGUUCACACCUCCGCCAUCUCCAGAGCCGCGGCGACGCGUUCUUCCAAGCGCAUUACCGACCAUGCCAUUUCCUGGUAGGCCCCUCAUAACAUCGUGGAAUAUCUUCCUCCCGCCCUCGCAAAUACACUCGUUGUAUCUUGGUUAUGCGCCAAAGGAUAUGGAUGACAAGUGGUACAUAUACAGCGAAGGUCCCGAUCAGACAGGAAAGCUAAAGGUCCAUUUCCACCGAAGUUGGACUGGCAUGAAGGUUGCAGAAUUGUUCGUUGUCAUGGAUACAAAGGGCGAGGGCGCUGGCAAGAUUGUAGGGAUCAAAUGGAAUGGGGGUGAAGAAAUGAACUGGAUGAGUGAAGAAGAGGCGAAAUACAUGAUACGGACGGCGUCACCAGAAUCUGAUAAGCACUCUUUGAGAGACGAGCUCGAACGCUUGCGAAAGCGAUGUGCAGCACUCGAGACGCGCUUCAAAAUUGCUGCACCCGAAGAAGCCGCUGAGGUUAUUGGACAGCUCGAUCAUGGCGUGCCAGGGCGUUCGACCGCUCCGACUUUUCUAUCUGUGUCAAUGGAACUGGACCAGGCCGAUGCAAACGACGGUCGGCUGCUUGUUGACCCUUGUGGUAUCCCGAGGUUCUUCGGUGAAACGUCUGGAGCAACAUUUUUGGAUUACUUGAAGCAAUUCAUGCUUACCCUUGUUCCUUUGACUUUCCAGCCUGAGUCUGCAGAUGGGUCUUCAUUCGUUGCUUCAAUUGGAACCUAUCAGACCUACGACUCAAGGCCGAUUCCCAAUCCAAAUGUCGACCCUUUGUGGCUUCCUGAUCAUAAAGACAUGGCAUUGAUGCUUGCCCAAUUGCGAGCCUACAUUCAAGAUGGCAAUGGCGACUUUUUGUCUGGUGGAAUAUGCUGGUGGGGCGAUCUUAGCAAAUUUCCAACCUCUGCAGCCCCUUCCGCCUCGAUGAGUGCAAUGACGACUGAUGAUACCCACCGAAGCUUGGCCUUUUACCAUGUCUGUUUCGCCUUAGCUACGUCUAUUGGCCAUCCUGCUCUCCGUCGGUCUGAUCAACAUGCUGGAGAAGCCUAUUUCAAGCGUGCGCGAAAGCUUAUUGGCAAUCCAUUGGAUACUGUACGAUUCACGUUGGAUGAUGUUCCGGUCUUGACUCUCAUGGGUUUUUAUCUGAUCGAACUGAACCGUAGAGAUUCGGCCUACGUAUAUGUCAGCCUAGCGAUCCAUAUCGCGAUCAUUCAUGGCGCAUUCAGGUCAUGUAACGACGAAGCGAGUAAACGCACUUUCUGGACUCUGUACAUCCUGGAUAGAUGGCUUUCCGUACUGAUGGGACGUCCGCCGACCCUACUCGACGAAGCUAUUAGGCUUCCUCUACCAUGCGACGAGCCCUCAAUGCCACCGUGUGUAGGCCUCCGAGCGCAUGUCGAGCUAUCUCGCAUCUCUGGCUACAUCGUUUGUGAAACAUUCAAAAUCGCUCCACGACACUACCAACGUGGAUACUCGACCCUACACGUAGAUGGGGCUUUGAAGUUGCUCGAAGACUGGAAACUGCAAUUGCCGUCGGUACUAGCUGUUGACAUAGACGCUGACCCUGCGGUUCUUUCUCUGCAUCUAGCUUCGAAUCAGCUCGUUGUCCUUACAACUCGGCCAAUCCUACUCGCCGCUGUCAAGCAAGCCGUCGCUGAACGCUACAUGAACGGUCAAUGGUCUAUUCAGCAGCACGCGCAUAGCAAGUAUGUUCAAGCUUGCUCAGAGGCCGCCCAACGUAAUUUGCUGUUAGCUAAGCGAUUGCGGGCAAUGAGAAAGCUACUGCAGGCCGGUCUGCACUUCGUUUUCAACGCUGCUGUUAUCCUGAUAUUAGAUCAAAUCCUUCGGUCUUCUAGCAUUGAAGGCACGCCUACCCUAUUCAACACUGCAGUAUAUACCUCCGAAAUAGAUUUUGCGAUGCGUACCUUUGAGGAGGAGUCAAGAACUGGUACCAACUACCCCAGAGACUGCUACAAAGUCCUGCAAGACCUCAAAGCUCUAGUCGAUCGCUAUCUAUCUCACGGCCAUGGACACUUCGAGCAAGGAAACGACCCUGGUCUAGUCAUCAGUACUCCUGGGCAGCCGUACAGUGCCCAACGAGGCCAGGAAACCCAAGGAAACGCAUCAAACAUCACAUCAGGCACCGUCUACCAAGAGCUACGGACAUGGAUGCAGAGUGAUGGAUUGAAACUACACAACAGCUUACUCAUUUGA